AUGUCCUCGAAUGGCGUAAAUGCGGACAAAGCUGAGGCCGCUGAGCGCCGCAAACGAAAGGCUGAGCAACUUGCAGACGACCCCAGAUUCCAGAAAGUGCAGAAACAGGUCAAGAUAAAGCAGGAACCGCCAGACCCGAGCAGAGAGAUUGCCGACUCUGUGAGCGAAAGUGUCGAUGGUCAAGCGCAACAAAGUGCUGCCAACGAGGCCGGCCAUGGCGACAACGGCGACAGCGACGAUGAGACGUCGGAUGACAGCGAGUCUGGCGAUGGCUCAGAAAGCUCGUCUUCGUCCGAUAACGACGCCGAAUCCAGCUCUGAAUCUGAAGAUGAGGAAGAAGAAGAAGAGCAGCAGCCAGAGAAAGGCGCUCAAUCUGCUGCUGAGCAUGUUCAGCCUUCUCAGCCUGCCGCUCGUUUGAAUCCAGUCGGAACAGAAUCAAGACCAUCGAAUACCAACACGACUCCUCUAUCAGACCGCAACGACGAACUGGCCAGACUACGCGCAAGUUCUUGCGAGCAGCUCCAAGACAGAAACGUCGAGGACGGCCGGGCGACUGAGAUCUUGAAGGAAAUCUUGAAAGUCCUUUGGUCGAUGAUUGAAGCUUCCUUCGAGGAUGUCACCGGAGAUCCGGACGCUCUGCAAGCUACCGCGGACACAGUCUCUGGCACCAGACACCGGGAGAAGCACCGCACUAACAGAUUCGAGCGGAGGCACGAGGUCCUGAUGCAGCGUUCUCCCAUGAGACACCCACCACCGGCUUCCAAUACGAGGGAGAGGUCCUCAUCGAAGCAGCCCUCGCAACGCGCUGUACCGCUGCAUUCUCACCGAAAACCAGACUUUCCUUUCGAGAUCGACAACUCUGAAAGCCCUUCGAUCGGAAUUGCUGCGCCCAACAACAACCAUGUUCCUCAGCCUGGUCGGCCCGUGUCAAACGAACCUUCGCAACAGAAAGGCAAGAAGAGGAGAGGGGGCAAGAAGGGUGAGAACAACAAGAACAGCAGGCCGGCCAACAACAAAUUUCAACUAUUCGCCCGUCACGUGGAGGAGGCCGUCAGACGGUCACCCGACAUUCCGUCCGAGAAAAUCUGGACUCGAAGUCACUGCGUGUGGAAUCAGCUUCUGGACGCCGAACGACGGCAGUGGGAUGACCUCUUCACCCGCUACAAGGCAGAAUGCGAAGAUCACUCAUCAACUACAGAGCCAGCGAACAGGCUGAUCGAAGAGCACGAUGUCCUGGACAGGCUGAGAAGACUAGAUGUCAGCAGCAGAACGCCUCCGCCUCGUCACAAGACACCCGGUCCACGAAGCUGCGGACACAAGCAUAAGCAGCCCAAGGGGUCGAUGUCGAAUGGCGCCGGCAGUUCACGAGGGCGGUCUGUGGAGAGCUACAGGCCUGCAAGAUGA